AUAUGUGGCGGGGACCCUAAUUUCAGCAUCCUGGAAGUAGAAAGCACAGAAGAUCUGUGUCUCACACCACAGACAGGUGCAGUGUGUAGCCGGGGCAGCACAGAGGAAGGAAGCUCUGGGGAGGAGGCGGCGCGGCAGCGUGCCUCCCCGGCUGUGGAUUUGCCCGGUGACAAGCCCCAGGCUGCACAGGAUGUGGCCGGGGAGUCACCUCGGCAUGCCCAGCAGCCGGUCGCAGCUGCCCCCCGCCCAGACCCUCCACUCACCAUUCCAUCCACCGUGCCAUUGCAGGAGAGCAAGGACUCAGCAUUCCUUGGCAUGGAGAACGCACCGCCAACAUCAUUGCCUGAGUCUCUCCCCAUCAGCUGCGACUCUACGGACAGUGUCUCAGAAGAAGUUGCAGAAGUUGUCGCAGGUGCAAGAUCCUUGCCAACAUCCCUUAGCUCCUCGGAUGAGAUGCAAAGGCUUCCAGCUUCCCUAUGUCCGCCUCUUGCCCCAGAUACAAAGUUCGACAGCACAGCGAGAGAGCUGCAGUAUGGGUCACAAACUGAUAAAGAGAAAAGCCAAUCAAAUUGUGACACGAACCAGAUUCAACCACUUGAACAAGGUGAAGAACUUCUGGCUAUUUCAGAGGCAAAAGAGAAGCAGUUCAACAGAUUGGAAUAUAAACCAGAGACUGGAACAAAUAUGGAAAUUGUUGGAAAAGAACAGAAAGUUGGGAAUAUUCUCCCACAAACCUCAUCUCAAAUCUCAACUUCCUCUGUCCCACAACCGGAUGCUGACAGCACAGAACAUGGGGCUGUGGAGCAGUCGAACAGGGACUCACUUGUCCACGCAAAUCAAGACAGCCAUAUCCCUCCGUCAGGUGCUGCGUGGCAAGCUGAUGGUCACCAGGACUCAAAAUCUCUGCUCCAAUUUACUGACAGUAUUGAGAUUAAACAAAUUGACACAUCAGAAACACAACCUCAAAUCAUCAAGACGAUCUCAGAUGAUGCCAGAGAACUACAGAAGGCAAAUUCUUUUGAAUCAGUGGAGACAUUUGAUAGUGUUGCGGCGCUUCUUGAAACCUCUAACAGUGAAACGCAACCUCCAUCAGCUGAAAUACUUGAGACCCCAGAGGCAAGAGAAAAACUUCAUGGAUUACACACUUCUGGAAACGCAAGCUUAUUGUCCAGCGACACAGCUGGCAGAGAAGACGGCAACACCCAGAAGAGCUCUGUUGGGGGAGAGCAGGUUGAGAGUAGCACAAGGGAAGAACAAACGGACGCGGACGUCUCCUCGUCUGACUUCACAAUGCUGCCAGAGAAUUCUUCCACACAGGAUAGUUCCUCAAAACCCUUUGCUGCCCCUCCCCUGUUUGAUAGUGGCAUAGUAAUCUCCCUGCAGGCGGGGCAGGUUGUUAAAGCAGAAACCUCUCCCCCCUCUGAUCAGCUCCCCACAACAGAGACGCCCCUGGUUGCUGAGCCCGGAGAUGCUCAAGAAAUCGUGGUUGUCCAAGAGGAGGCUCAUAUCGACGAGGACUGGUCUGACAUGCACCUGAAACAGAGUUACAUCGUACAACGAGAGGAUGGUAGUGUCUGUGAAGCUGCCAUCGUCAACGAGCUGAGUUCUGAACCCAAGCUGUAUGAGGAACGGGUUCAGGCAGAUGUGGAGAUAGACUCACAGCCGGUGGAAGUGUAUGAGUUUUGUGGCCUGGUGGAGGAGGUUGCCGAGGAAACGGUUUGUGCCAGUGGCAGCGCACAGAUCCCUCACUCUCCAGGAUAUGAGGUGAACCUUUUCAACGCGCUACUGGGAAACUCUGAGGAGUUUAAUGUCAAACAGGACUUGGAGAUGCACCUCGGACCAUCUAUUCACACAGUCAAUGACAGUGACACUCUCAUCAUUUCCCAGCAACCCUUGCCUUCAUCACACGACACAAAUCAACUGCAGGAUAUCUCAAACAGUAAUUCCCAUAAUUUGUCCUUAGAAAACAUGAGGGUAGCUGAUGUCAGACAGCAUUUGGUAUUAGACCCUAACCAAGCUGUUCAAGUGGCAAACUCCAGUGAGGUUUGUGUAGUUGAAGUAGCUGCUGUUACAUCUGACUCAUUCACUGUUGAACAAGCAGGCACAAGUGCACAAAUUGUGACGACUUGUUCGCAGGUCAGUGCAGCAGUGUCAGAUCAAACAGAGUUCAGAGAUCCUCCUAAAAUUCAAACAGCUCCCCAAAAACCGGACACUGAGGCAACAGUUGGCUCUUUAUGUCUCAUAUCCCCAGUGGUCACUGGUGAGGAUGUAGCGAUGCAAUCGUCUGUCGCUGUUUCAGUGCACGUUUCCCAUGUAGAGAAUCAGCCCUCUCUAAUACAGACCCCAGGACUCACUGUUUUAAAUGCCACAAAGCUUGAGGCCUGUGUUUCUUCACAUGAAGGGACAGAAGAAGCCUUUUCUUUGACAGAGCCUACAUCACAGAGUAUUCAGAACGUUGCUAUGGCCACAGAAACCAAACCAGAGGCUUUCCACACCUCUCACUCCUCUAGUACCACAGAUCCAAAGCUGCUCCUGCUCAAACCAGGAGAAACAUCUCUCCUGAAAUAUCCAUCCUCCUUCUUGUCACAGGUGUCCAAGCAACAAAAUGUGGGCGGAAAGUUGGCCAGUACCCACGGUGCUCUGUCUGGCUCGGUGUCUGAAGAGUGCCUUCCCCAAACUGACUCAGCAGCAGAUUCUUUCUGUGCGUCAGUGGCUCUUAGCAGCCAGAACGACCAGGCGAAGUGUUCUGUCGAUAAAACAUCUGUGACAGCAGCUCUGCCUGUCAAGGUGCAGCCUUCUGUGAGCGGGAACAUCACAUUUCAACAUGACCAGACUCCCACAAACAAAUCUGACAAAGAGGCCUUAACUGUAACUAAAGCUUCAACAAGUGAAGCUGUGACCCAAGAUAAUGUCACACCUACGGAUGCCACCCCACCUAGAACCUCCCACACCCUUCACAUGCUUGAAGGGUCAGGGGAAAGGAAAGGUACGCCAUCCAGCAGCCCUACUGACCCCAUCAGCCAACCUGACUCCAUGUACGUGGAGGACGAGAGCGAGGACAUGGACCAGGACGACCAAACAGGAGAAGCUGAUACUCUAGAGGGCACUUCAGGGCAGGUCAGCAGCCCGGAGGAAGGCAGUGACGAAGAACCCGACGCCGACAAAACAGAAAGUUCCAGCUCAUCACACAAGCAUGGACAGAGCAGGACAGACAGAAAGGCACUGUUCCUUAAGGUACGGCAAUGGAUCGCAGACAGGGUCACCGCCAAUUCAUCUCCUGUCUCGCCGUCCACCUCCUACCCCAGCCCCUCUCCCACUUCCGAUUGGGCCAUAACGCGACGAGAGAAGUCCUCACCUCUCCGGGGUCCUCAUGGCAAGUUUGUCUCUCCUCUGUCCGUCUGUGGCUACAGUUCAUCCUCUGUCUCUCCUGAUCCAACCACUCCUCAGCGACCCCGUGGAGAGCGUCACACAGACAUGGCUGAGCUGGCGAAACAUGAAGCAGACAUUGAACAUCGAACCCAGGCAUUCAAGCGAGAGGGAUUCUGGUCAAUGAAGCGUCUCACCCGCCUGACUGAGCCGAUGCGACCCAAAGUUCAUUGGGACUACCUGUGUGAGGAGAUGCAGUGGCUCUCUGCUGACUUUGCCCAAGAGAGGCGAUGGAAGAGAGGGGUGGCUCGAAAGGUGGUUCGAAUGGUGAUGCGACACCACGAGGAGCUGAGGCAAAAAGAAGAAAAAGCCAAGAGAGACGAGCACGCUAAAAUUAGAAGAGUGGCAUCUUCCAUUGCAAAGGAAGUGCGAGCUUUUUGGAGCAGUGUCGAGAAGGUGGUACAGUACAAGCAGCAAUCCAGAUUGGAGGAGAAGAGGAAGAAAGCUUUGGACCUGCAGCUGGACUUUAUCGUUGGCCAGACAGAGAAAUACUCAGACCUCCUCAGCAAGUCGCUCGCACCCACCAGGCCGGCUGAAACUGUCCCUGUGACACCCCCAAAAUCUCAACUGCCUCCUGUCGAUGAGGAUGAUAGGGACUUUGAGCCUCCAUGUGAGGAAGAGGAUGACGAGGAGACAAUAGACGUGGAGGAGCAGCAGGAGGGCAAUGAUGCUGAGAGCCAUCGGAGGGAGAUUGAGCUGCUGAAGGAGGAGGGCAUGCUGCCCCUGGACCAAUUACUCAGCACCCUCAAACUGCCACAGGAGUCGGGCUCAGAAGAAGAAUGCUCUGAUGAAACCUCUUCAUCAGUGGAGGAGGAAGAUGGGGAAUUCACUGCCAAUGAAGAGGAUGCUGAGGAUGAGGAGGACACGAUAGCAGACCAGGAGAAGGUAGAAGGAAACGUAAAUCAUGCUGAGGAGUUGGAUGAUCUAGCAAAAGAAGGCGACAUGACGAUGGAGGAGCUGCUGGAGAAGUACAAAGGAGCUUAUGCCUCAGACUUCGAGGCACCUUCUGCUUCUGGCUCUAAAGCGAGCUCUGAUUCCGAGGUGUCUGGGGAUGAGGAAGAGGAGACCGAAGAAGAUGAGAGUGAUGUCGAAAGCAACACUUCCUCCUCAGAUUCACAAGGAGACAGUGCUGAGGAGAACGACAGUGAGAAGGAGGGAGAGGAGAAUGAGGAAGAGGAGGAUGGGGAUGACUGUGGAGAUGAAGGGAUGGAGCUCCUGCUAAAGGAGGGAGAUAGUAGCCCACCUUCCUCUAGUUCGCGACCAAAGAAAGAAAUCAGUCACAUCGCUGCGACUGCCGAGAGUCUGCAGCCUAAAGGCUACACUUUGGCUACAACGAAGGUCAAGACUCCCAUCCCGUUCCUGCUUCACGGCACGUUACGAGAAUACCAGCACAUUGGACUCGACUGGUUGGUCACUAUGUACGAGAAAAAGCUUAAUGGUAUUUUGGCUGAUGAGAUGGGUUUGGGAAAGACCAUCCAGACGAUCGCGCUGCUAGCUCACCUCGCCUGUGAAAAAGGUAACUGGGGCCCUCACCUUAUCAUCGUCCCCACCAGUGUGAUGUUAAACUGGGAAAUGGAGCUGAAGCGCUGGUGUCCCGGGUUUAAAAUCCUCACUUACUUUGGCAGCCAAAAAGAGAGAAAGCUAAAGAGACAGGGCUGGACGAAACCUAAUGCUUUCCACGUGUGCAUCACGUCAUACAAGCUGGUGCUCCAGGAUCAUCAGGCCUUUCGACGCAAGUCUUGGCGGUACCUGAUCUUAGACGAGGCUCAAAACAUCAAGAACUUCAAGUCUCAGCGUUGGCAGAGUCUGCUGAACUUCAACAGCCACCGGCGACUGCUGCUCACAGGAACUCCUCUGCAGAACAGCCUGAUGGAGCUGUGGUCCCUCAUGCACUUCCUUAUGCCCCACGUCUUCCAGUCCCACCGCGAGUUCAAAGAGUGGUUCUCCAACCCGCUGACGGGAAUGAUCGAGGGCAGUCAGGAGUACAACGAGGGCCUGGUCAAGAGGCUCCACAAGGUGCUGAGGCCUUUUCUGCUCAGGAGGAUCAAGAUCGAUGUCGAGAAGCAGAUGCCCAAGAAAUAUGAACAUGUGGUUCGCUGUCGCCUCUCCAAGAGACAACGAUUCCUCUACGACGACUUCAUGGCUCAGGCCUCGACCCGGGAAACGCUGGCUAGUGGUCACUUCAUGUCAGUGAUUAACAUCCUCAUGCAGCUUCGCAAAGUGUGCAACCACCCCAACCUGUUUGACCCCCGACCCAUCCAGUCUCCCUUCAUCACGAAGCCCAUUGUUUUCCACACGGCCUCGCUGGUGCAGGAUGCCCUGGAGGUGUCUCCUUUAAAGCGUUGCGACCUGUCUUCGUUUGACCUUGUUGGUUUGGAAAGCCGCGUGUCCCGGUACCAGGCAGACGUGUUCCUGCCGCGCCACAAGGUCAGCCGCCAACUUAUCCAGGAGAUUGUGGAGUCCCCUGAACCCCCUCCGAGACCCAAACCAGUACGCAUGAAGGUCAACAGAAUGUUCCAGCCACCUCCUAAAGGUGAUACUAGAGCGUCCCUACUGAUGAACAAACCAACCUGCUCCGUGCCUCCUGCAGCUCAAACCCCAAAACCUCCUCCAGUGACUGAGCUCUCCUCAACUCCUGCUCCUGUCGUUCAACAAGUGGUGUGUUCUGUGGCCUCCGCCCCUCCUCCCCGCCCAUCCAUGCAUCCUGCAACUCAAACUGCAGUGAGGUCCAACACGCCCAAGCCAGUGCUGACCGUACGGCCUCCCACCGCUCCCUGCACUGCCAGCAUUCCUGCUCAUCCGAGUCCAAACCCCAGCGCCAUCAUGUCUCAGAGGGUCCUGCUCAGUCCAGAUAUGCAGGCCAGGUUACCUUCUGGUGAGGUAGUGAGUAUAGCCCAGCUUGCCUCCUUGGCAGGUCGACCUGUGUCGUCGUGUCAGGGCAGUAAACCCGUCACCUUCCAGCUCCAGGGCAACAAGCUGACUCUGUCUGGAGCGCAGAUCCAUCAAGUCCCAGCUGCUGCUCCACGUCCUGUUCAAGGAAAUGUGAUGCACCUGGUGUCCAGCGGGGUGCAGCACCACCUCAUCAGUCAGCCAGCUCAGGUACAGCUACAGAGCGCUGCCAACGCCCACCCUGCAAACACGCCCUCUACAGCUCCCCCUGCAAACCGCCUGCCUCUAAAUGCCUCCGCACAAGUGCCCUCGUCCAUCGUGAGCAGCACCGGGGUUGUGAAGAUCGUUGUGCGUCAGUCAGCAGGCAAGGAGGGCGGGCCUGUGCCCACCCUGGCAGUGGCCCCUUCCCCUCGUGUUGCUCCCCAGGCUUCCCCUUCCCUGCACGUCCAUGCCAGCACAACCCCUGUCAGAAACACUGCUCCACUGCAAAUUGCCCAGCGCACCCCUGGUCCUGCUACCGCCCACUACACCAUAGCUCCUCCCAGAAACCCCAGCUCAACCCCGAACCAGCCCCAACUCCCCCGCCCUGUCCUCAAAGUAGUGCAGCCUCCUCCAUCAAGCGCAGAGAAGCCAGCUCCAGUGACGCCCUCGUCCUCUGCACCCAAGUCUUCAGCAACGCCGAGUGACAACAGCAGCAGCAGUCGAACGCCUGCUACCACGAAGUCGAGGCCGAGUGUAAAAGUCCACCCCCCAGUCCGAAAAGUGCCUCGCCCACCUCCUCGCUCUCCUUUCCACAUGUCGUGGCUGUCUGAGAGCUACAAACAACAGCACAACAGCCGGCUGGACUUCAUCAUUCGAGCCAACGAGCAGCACUGUAGAGCGAAGCCCAUGUACGGCCAGGAGGUUCUGAACUUUCUGACUUUUCUACCCGGCCCCCGUCCCGCCCCAGCCGCCGUGAGCUCUCAGGGGGAAUGGGGCCGGUCGGGUCACAGCAGCUGUCUGUUUGCACAGUGGCAAAACAAAUACGACUACUUGUGUCAGAGUCGCGCCGUGAGAGAGGCCAUCAGAAGCACUGAGGGGAGGCUGGAGCUGCUCAGUGACGCCAUAGACAGGUUUACGUUCGCGAUUCCCCCUGUAGAGGCUCCUCCCAUCUCCAUGCACUGCUGCCAUCCUCCUCCCUCUCUGAGCCACAAGCAGGUGGUCUUCUCCUCCAUGCUCUCGACCCAAGUCGCUCCGCACACUCGCAGCCUGCAUCGCAUCCAGUGUUACAUGAGGACGCAGUUCCCAGAUCUGAGGCUCAUACAGUAUGAUUGUGGGAAGCUUCAGACUCUCCACACUUUGCUGCGGAAGCUGAAAACAGGAGGCCACAGGGUGCUGAUCUUCACUCAGAUGACGCGUAUGUUAGAUGUGCUGGAACAGUUCCUCAACUACCAUGGACACAUCUACCUCCGCCUGGAUGGCAGCACCCGCGUGGAGCAGAGACAGUCCCUCAUGGAGCGCUUCAAUGCAGACCGCCGCAUCUUCUGCUUCAUUUUGUCAACUCGCAGCGGAGGUGUCGGGGUGAACCUGACCGGGGCCGACACUGUAGUUUUCUACGACAGUGACUGGAACCCCACCAUGGACGCCCAGGCACAGGACCGCUGCCAUCGCAUUGGUCAGACACGAGACGUCCACAUCUACAGGCUGAUCAGUGAGCGCACAGUGGAGGAGAACAUUUUAAAGAAAGCCAAUCAGAAGAGGAUGCUGGGAGAUAUGGCUAUUGAAGGAGGAAACUUCACCACUGCCUUCUUCAAACAGCAAACCAUCCGAGAGCUGUUUGAUAUGAAUGAGGGAGAGAAACGAGAGGCGGCGGUGGAGCUCUCCGUGCCGCAAGCUGAGGAAGAAGAAGCCAGCACCAAACAGAGCACCACCAUUCUGGAACAGGCCCUGUGUCGCGCAGAGGACGAGGAGGACAUCGUAGCAGCUUCUCAGGCCAAAGCGGAACAGGUGGCAGAACUGGCCGAGUUCAAUGAGAACAUACCGCUGGACGACGGAGGCGAACAGGAGGAGGUGGAGGAGCUCUCCAAGGCUGAGCAGGAAAUAGCUGCUCUGGUGGAACAGCUCACUCCCAUCGAACGCUACGCCAUGAACUUCCUGGAAGCCUCCUUAGAAGAUGUUUGUAAAGAGGAGUUGAAGCAAGCUGAGGAGCAAGUAGAGGCUGCCAGAAAGGGACUGGACCAGGCCAAGGAGGAAGGCCUCAAGCUUCACGCUUCAUCUGAUGAUGACGACGACGACUUUUUAUCACCGCCAGCGUCAGUGGAGCCCGCUCAGCCAGCUCCAGCCCGCCGAGGGCGUAAACCCAAGGACAAAGACAAGAUUGUUACAUCUACAAGGACCAGUGGUCGGCUUCGUGGGGCCUCGCCUGAAACUGAGCCUGAGCCUACAACCCCAAGAGAAGUGCCUGAAAGACCCCGCCUUGGUCUGAGAGUACGAGGAGCUGCCAAAGACACUGGUUCUGUGUCUACCACCCCGUCCCGCACAGACCAUCUAAAAUCCUCCUCAUCAACUAGACUCCACGACUCCGCCAAAUCUUUAAAAGCUUCAUCACCUGCCAGAGAUAACCAGACCACCAAAACCAGGACUCUACCAAACCGCUCCCAUCCCAGUCCAGUGCCUUCGCCUCCCACAGCCUCCCCCCCUGGACGAAAACAACAGUGUGCCGUAGAGACUGACGGUAAAAGCUCCAAAGCAGACAGAGAGGAGAAGGAGGGGGAGGAUGAGAGGAGGGUGUCUGAGUCAUCGCUUGAAUCCAGCUGUCAAGUGGACCAUCAGACAAAAGACGACGAUGGCAAAGAUCACAAUGCCAUGUCCCCCCCCUCCACAAGCUCCAGAUCGCCUCGCAAGCGUCAGUCAGCAGAUGGCGAAGUCCUGCGGGGCCUUGUUGAAGAUUCUCCAUCGGCCAAAGUCCUGCGAAAGCUUCCAGGGAGGCUUGUCACGGUGGUGGAGGACAAGGAGCCGAGAAGGAGGAGGCGGCGUGGAAGCGGCACUGGAGGUGGAUGUUCUUCGGAGGAGGCAACAGUGGAGGAAACCACUGCGGGUCCGGUUGAAGAAUCAAACAAAGAUAAUACAUCAGCGAGCCCUGACGGAAAAACUAAAGGGGCAGUUCCUCAGGACCAAGAGUCUGUCCCAAAUCAGUCUGUGCCCCAACAGCCCGUCAGAAGUUAUCCUCCAUAUUCCCCACCCCAUCUCUCCCCUGACAUGCCGGUGCUGAGAAAUCUUCCCGUGCGACGCAGGUUGGAAACUGAAUCUCGCAUGGCCGCACAGCUGGUAGAGCAACAGCAGCAACUGGGUAGAGGACGGGGAGGAAACCAGUCCAGAAAAACUGACACGGCACCAGGCAAAGACGCUGCUUCAUCCUCUGCAGAGUCCAAUGUGAACUCUCUUGUGACACCUUUGAAAAGAAAGAGGGGCCGGCCCCCUAAGACUAACCUGAAGUUACCUGAGCCUGACAACACGGUGAGUCCUUCCUCACAGCCCACCUCGCCAAGUGAAGAAGGGAACCCUCCUCUCUCCCCGAAACGUAAGAGAGGUCGUCCCAGAAAAGACUCCACAACGAUGUCAGAUACAGUUGGUGAAGGACAGAACUCUAAAAAAGAGACCGCCACUUCUGCUGUAUCUGGUUUAUUAAAAACUGAUGCUGGCACAGAGCUAACGGCGCCGGCUCCCGUCAAGUCGGAGAUUCCUAAAGCUGCUGCUGUCGGCACAAGUCUGACAUCUCAGUCUACCUCAGCUGAGGAAACCGACACUAACACUGAGGUUUCCGCCCCAGUUUCACCCACUGCUCCAAAACCAGCUCCAGCCUCCACAACAAAAACGAAUCAAGUGUCCACACCAGUCUCAGCUCCAGUCCAAGCUCCACCUGCACCGCAGGCGACCCCACCCCUCCGUACAGCUGCCUCAACAUCAGCCCAAACCCAAGUCACGGCUACAGCUCCAAGCUCUGACUCAACUUCAGCCCACAUUUCUUCGGCACCCUCCCUCACACUUUCCACGCCUGCCGCUGUCACCGCUUCACCUGCUACCACAACUCCAGCUGCCAGCACCGUGUCCUCGUCUCUUCCAGAUGUGAAACCAACACUUGAAGCUUCUAACGCUCCUAAAGAUCCAAAACCUUCAGGUUCUACAACUUUGAAUCCAACAGAACCAGAUGCUGUCCAGACCGCCACAGUUUCCACAGCAGUUGCUCUGACACUACUGACAACCACAGUGAAAGCAGUCACCACUACAGUGAAACCAGUCACAACAACUAAAACAACUGCUGCAAACGUCUUGCCCCAAGCCCCUGCUCGGCCGGCGCUCAAAACGAUCACUCCAACAUCUGUCCCAGCUUCAAGUUUAUCAGCUUCACAAAAACCAACCACAACAUCUCCCCCUACAACAGCAACAACCACGACAACAACUGAAGCCGAAACAAGUGUACCGAUCCCAACAACCGCUACGACGACACUUCCAGUAAAAACGGUGCAAACGAGCCCAUUAAACACAACAAAACCUACAACUACAGCUCCAACCACAUGCCCAGCCAUCGCCUCCGCAACACCACCCGCAGCAACAGUCACCACAUCUUCAGCGCCAUCUUCUCCGGCCCAAACUAAUGUGACAACUACCAAAGUCCCAACCAAACCGGUGCAAGCUGCUACGCCGGCAAAUGUAACCACAGAGGCUGUCCUGUCUCCAAUAUCAGCCCCUGCACCUGGUCCAGUCUGCACUCCCUGCCCGACAACAUCCACCAGCGUCGUUAAAACCUCAGAGGCAACGACAGCCGCAAUAACUUCAUCACCUCCAAAGGAAGCUGUCAAAGUUACAACACCUGCAGAAAAAGAAGCUUCCUCCAAAGAACAAACUUCUGCUUCAACUGCAGAAAAGACUGAAAAGAUCACACCGUCAAUAAAAACAGAUUCUGAACAAGCUCCACAAACAGAAAAGUCGGUUACAGUCGCUACGACAAACACUGUCGCAACCGCCCAAGUCUCCACGACCACAACCGCUCCUGUUCCAGUCACAGAAACUAAAUCAGCUCCUCCUGUGUCCACCUCCCAAACGCCUGCAGCCAUUUCCCCCCAAAUACAAACCUCUGCAUCCAAGAGAGUUUCCACUGAGGUGUCCGCACCGGCUCAGAGAGAGACCCCGCCCCUGAAGCCCUCCACUGAUACAUCUAGUGUUUCAUCUGAGAAACAAUCUGUAGAGUCCAAACACAAAGAGUGUGCGUCUAAAAGUGACUGUGAAGUACGUUCGGAAGAGGCUGAAGAGAGGAGCAGCAAAGAGGAGGAGGAGGAGGAGGACACAAAUCUGGAGAUCUGUAAGUCUCAACCUAAAAGGAGGAAGGUGGAGAGUUCCUCUAAGACCAAAGAGUCAGAAAAGGAGGGGACAGAGGGAGGAGAAAAGAAUUCAACAAAGUCUCAGAAAGAAGAACCUCAUCAACAGGUGGAAACUUCUGAAGAGCAGGAAACUCCCAGACAGAAAAGGCAACUUAGUCGCCAGAGCAGCCAGGAGUCCACACGCUCGUCUUCACCGUCAUCUGGAGGCUCCACCGCAACCCUCACUCGUCAAGCUCACCACAAGAGGACGUAUGAAAACAGACUUCCUGCCAAGAGGAGGCGAGUGGACGUCACCUCUGAAUCUGGGAACGAGGAGUCAAAGGAAAAGGAUGCGGAAAAGAAAGAGGAAGACGACGAGCAGGAGCACUCCGCCGCCGCCUCGCGGAGGAGGCGCUCCAGGUCUUCCUCUUCCUCCUCCGACUCUGACAAAAGCGAGAGCAGCAAGGAGCACCGGUUGACUCGUUCAGCCAAGCGCAGGCUACAAGAUCAGGAGAAGGAAAAGGGAAACAACCGGUCUGGACAGAGACCUGCGCACAGCUCCGAGAGAAACACGUCAAACAAUACCAACACAUCCACGGGCGGAGAGUCUGGCAGUGACACGUCCUCUGUCAGGACCACCAGGAAGUCUGUGGGAUCUCAGUCUUCACAAGACAGUAAAACAAACAGCACCCCCCCUCCUGAGCCUGAAGUUCUGGGGAAGAGAUGCUCUGCUCUCAACGCAGCAGCGAAGCUUCUAGCAAUGAAAGGUAGAGUGGACACCCCGGGCCACACCACUCGGAAAGACACCACAGCUAAGACUUCGGGGACGUCUCCUGCCUCCUUGUCUGACAAGAACCAAAAGCCUAAAAACAAAAGUGUACCGGCUUCUCCUCAGAGUAACUCUGUCGCUCUGGCUAAUAAUAGAAGCACCGGCGGCAAACAGUCAACACCCAAUCAGUCGAGCCGGCCUGCGUCUCGCUCCACCAGACAGUGUCCCGGUUCUCUGGUUCCACCCCUGGACAUGGAGUACAAGAGGGCCAAGCCAGAGGAGAAGGAGAGGGUGAGUCGGAAGUCAUCGAGGGGAAAGGAAGGUGAGACUGAGGCCCAGUCUUUGUCCAGGGGCCACAGUGCCUGCAGCAGCAUGAGCAGCGACGGCGAGGGGGACGGAGGCGGCAGCAGCAGAAGUCGCAGCAGCAGCAACAGCAGCCAACGCACCCACAGCAUCAGCUCUCAAAACACAGAGCACAGAGGCUCCCGCUCCCGCGGCGCCUCCUCCGGCAGCGAGCGCGAGAGGGACCGGAGCUCAGAUCGGGCAAAGAGGAGAGACAAGAAGGACAAGCGGGGCCAACAAAGGGAGGGUCGACAGGACACCAGGAGGUCGCAGAGGCUCUCGCAGGAGGUGACCAGCAGCUCGGGGACGGAGGGGACACCGGACAGGGUGCUGCGCAGCGUCGCAGCUCUGGCGGCGGUGCAGGCCCGGACGCCGGCCGCAAGCACCCGCUCCUCCUCUAGUCAACAACGUCACAACAAGACAUGAUCGGAGUGCCAAAGGGAAGCAUGAGUGUUGUUGCAGAGCAAGAUACGAGAGCAUGUCCUGACCUUCAAGGUUGCUGCUUUGUCUGCACUCGAGUGAAUGACGGGGACGUAGAAGCCAGGGACCUACCUGCCUCUUGGGCCCUCUCCCUUUCCAAUUGGAGCUGGUCCCCUCACCAGCUCAGCUAUUGUCAGCUGGGGGAAGGCUCAGGGACGACGGACUGAGAAUGAAAACGCGGCGCCGUCAUCGUGCGUCUGUAACCGGACAGAAAGACGGAGUGGAUGAAUUCACCACUGGGACUUGAGGGGGACAAAGGUGCAGGAGGAAAUAAAGGCAAGUUGUUAGUUCACAUUAUGUACUGUAAUCAUUAAAGACUGGAACGCUCAGAUCUUAUGUGUUAAGAUGGGAUAAUACAGCGCCCCCUGGCGGGCUUACAAAUGAACAGUCAUUUGUGUGACAUUAAAAACUUCGGAGUGACCAGUUGUAUUGUAAGUUGGAGGUUUUAGAAAGUUUGGUUUUGAAAAUUUCGUCAGCUGUCCUGACUAUUGUUUCUUCGUAGUCAGUCGAUAAGUUAUGCAUAUUUUAUUAUUUCUUCCAGGGUAUUAGGAAGAGAACAGAUCUGUCAAUGUGAUCUUUGCUGCACUAUGCUGGAGCUUGUCUUUGCUUGGGCCCCUUUUCCAUGUCGACUUCUGUUCUUUGGAUUUGUUCUUUAAUCCAGCCUUGCAUUUCUCAUUUGCACAUCUGGCCCUCGGCUUUAGGGCACAUCGUGGUUUAGUAAUUUGUUUUAUACAUCAACUUCAGUGACUUGAUUAGUUCCUCGGGUCUCGUAACGUCUCUCCUGCGGUCGGAAAAUGUAUCAAUUGAAGUUGCAAAUUGUCUUUAAAGACUUUGAGACAAAUUUCAAAUCUUCCCAAAGGUGUUAAUUGUCAUGUAUUUAUACUGAAAGGGCAAGAAAAUGUUGUAGAAAUUAAAGAGUGCCUCUUUGGCCAAAUGGGUUUGAACCUCAGAUUGCCUUGUGAAGCACCUGAAGCCGGGGUGUUGAGCUUCUUAUUAA